AUGCGCCUUUCACCUAUUGAAACGACCACCAAAGCUCUCUCGCCUUUAGUGUCGAACUCACUUCGUGCCUCUGCCAUUGGAUGGGCAGCGGCAGGCUUGGAGACUGGUGUGAAUACUGCUGGAGUUUGCGAGUCGGUUUUCGGUUUCGCUCGUGACCCAUCAAUCGGGGUGGAUGAUUUUGAUCUGGAUUUUUCCGGUGCCUACGUUGCGACAUCUUCCUACUUGGAAUUUGUAGAUGUUUCUGUUUUGCUAUUGCUCGCAUCCACAGCAAUUUUGAGUUCCGAAAAUAUGCGCCGACUCUGGAUGGGUGCUUCCAUCAAACAUGUUGCAGGGUUAGCAGUGUUUGCUUUGGGCAUUGCCAACGGAUACGAGGGCGGACCAAUGUUGCCAAUCUAUCUGGGUUUGGAGGCAUUGACUAUUGCUGCUUUGUUUGCAAGAUUCCAAGAAGAAAAAGACGAGCCUACUUUUGAAGACAUUGUUCCGUCAUCUUUGGAAGACUUCGCUAGCGUUUUGGACGCAAGCCGUAUAUCUUCUGGUAGCCUCGUCGAAAGCUUUUAUCGGCUAGGAUUCUUCUCUGCAUUGCUUGUGGGUGCGUCUUUUGCCUUCAGUCCGGUUUCUCCCAUUGCUCCUGUUGAUGUUGGCGAGACUCUCUGUUCAAAGGUUUUGAGAGCCCAAUAUGGCAUUUCGAUAGCAUUUCUUUUGACGCCGAUUUCAAUUUUGCAGGCAGAGGCGGUAGCAUCUGGUUCCUUGGGGACCCUUGGCUCUCGAGUCCUCAAUGUUGCUUAUGGUGCCUUGACUGGGGCUUCCGCGUAUUUCACUCUCGCUAAUCGAGGUGAACAAGUAGCAAAAGCCGAUGUUCAGGCAUAUGAAUCUGCCUUUCGUUGGGAAACCAAUACUCUUUUCGCCGGUGGACUGGCGGCCAUUUUUGUUCUCUUCUACAUGUUUCAAGCUUUCUUUCCUGCCGGAGAAGGAGAAGAAGCUUAA